AUCGUCGCCGUUGUGGGGCGCAAUCGCGUUGGCUUGCGAUCGAUCCACAGCCCAAAACCUCCGAUCGUCCCCACGCGCAAAAGGUGCGCAAAAGCAGCAAUUGCUGGUGCCUACUCACUAUCGUCGAUGCCACUUUUUGCUACUCGGCAUUCUGACUUGUGGGUUUGCUUCUUGGUUUGUUUUGCAAAAGAUCUCUCUCUCUCUCUUAGUCUCAUUCUCAUUCUGGAGCUUCUUCUAGAGGGGAUCCUAGCGCUCAUUCGCCAUGGCCGUAAUUUUUUGAUGCUUCCCCGCUCUCGGAACCAUUCCCCGUCCCCAUAUGCAGCCAGGGUACUACUUGCCCGCACUUGCGCCCACAUGCCAGCGUUCUAGCGGUUUCUGCAGCGCGGAAACUGUCUCUGAAUGGGAACCGCACGAGUGCCAUGAGUUUGUUUUCAGUGCGGGAGCCAGGGGUUGAGUUUUCGAGUUGUUGGGUUACCGGUGGAUUACACCAUGAGCGCGUGGGCACUGCAUGCGAAGCGGAAGGAGCCUGAAGAGGCGGUUGUGGAGUUGUUGCGCAAUGUGAGCUUGUCGCCCCCGAAGAGAGUACGAGUCACGGAUCCGUCGGUGCCAACGAAUUCAUGGCCCACUCCAAGGUUCGAACCUGAAGUAGAAACACAACCAUCCCAGUCUAAAACGGAUUUAUUUUUUUUUGACCAAGCCCUUGUGUCACCUCCACCAUCACCAUCUCCACCACAACGUGUACCUAUUGCAAAUCCUACGGGUGGUAUCGAAGAUAAGCCUGUUCUAUUGUAUAAGCUUGUCAAUCACCCACUUUUCUCCGGAGGUUCUCCGACGGGGCCGCAAGAGCUACCUCCCUCACUAGACGCUUCUGGUGCUUUGGCAGCUUGCAAGGGCAUCGUCAACAAUGGUUUUAGUGUCGAGUCUGGCCUUGCUUCCUCCGAUUUAGCUAAUUCUUCUUCCACAUGGACUGACCUCUUUGAAGCUCUUGAUCUUCAGAGUAAGAAGCCAUCGUUGCCAACAAGGAGGCUUCAAAGGACCUCAUCGUGUUCUUCAUUACCCCGGGUGGCUUCGUCAAUGGUCGACACCUCAAUGGAAGAAGAGAUCGACGCUCAACCUGGCGGUCAGCUGACAGUUAUUCCCCAUUCCUCUUCUACUUCAGUUGUCCCAGCUGCCAGCAAUCUUGAUGAAUCCUUUCCUAGUUCGCACAGAUCUUUUUUAGGAGCAGAUUCCAGACACGAAAUGGCAGAUAAUGUUGACGCAAUGGACUUAAUGGAAGAGACUACGGCUGGAGAUGGAGUUGCAACUGGAUCCGGUACCCAGUUUGGAAGUCCAAUUCCAACUUAUGGAUCGACACAGUGGGAACCGUGUGACGUGUUCAAAGCACCGUACUCCAAGGUGAUGUGGUCGCAUUGAAGCUUACGAAGCACCUGCUUCUCUACCUUUCGGAUCAUUACACAAAUUUGUUUCAGUGUCGAUGAUAGUUGGGACAAGCUUGUGGACAAGUCUGUCCGAGGUCGUGUAGACUUUCAAUCUAGGGUCUCUAUUAUGUCACAGAAACCUUGUCACUUCAGCCUACGGUGUUUGGUAGGUGGCGAUGACGAAGUGACUGCUGAUCUGAAGGUACUCAGCUCUGUGUUGUGUAACAUGUUAAAUUUUACCUUGACGACCUUCUAAAGGACCUCGUGAGUUAUCCGAU